AUGACAUCUCAAGGGGACCCAUCGACCAUCGACGUCGACCCAGUCGAACUACCAAAUGGCAAACGACGCUGGCGCCGAAACAGAGUCGCCUGCGACUCAUGCCACACCCGCCGAGUCCGAUGCGACCGCGCCUUCCCGUGCUCGCGCUGUCUACGCAGCGACAUAAACUGCGAAUUUACCCGCGAGCGCCGGAAACGCGGUCGCAUCGCGAGAACCAAGGCGAAUAAUGGCGAUCCGCGCGACGAAGUCGAGCCCGAACAAAAGCGCCCACAGUCGCAGGCCUCGCCCGGGAAUUCGCCCGCCUCCACCUUCCAGCGCUCGCCUGCCUCGAACGAAAUCAGCGCCUCCGUGAGUGAUGAACGACGCUCGGUGGUGGAUGUGCUGCGUCCUGCUGCGAAUGCCACGGAGGAAUGGCUGGCCGCGGCGCAUCUCUCGCCUGAUUCAUACGAACUCCUGAAUGGGACAGGUGGGAGCGAUGCGCCGCUGCCGAGGCUGAUGGAUCUUUGGAAUUCGGUCGAUUUGGGACCCCGAUCGAAUCAAAGAUCUGUGCCGUUAGCCUCUGUGUCAGGGAAUCCGCCACAAAGGCCGGCUCCGCGGUCGCCGUUGAAAUAUCCGGUGCUGGAGCCGGUGAUGCCGUUCUUGGAGAAUAAUCUGCCACGGCGCCUGGUGUGCGAUCUCCUGGAACUCUACUUUACAAGCGCUUUUUCCACACAUAUGCAUCCUGUCUGUCAUCACAUUCAUUGCUAUGUCUUGCGCAAAUCGUCUUUUCUGAGCGCUGAUCGCCCGAGGCCGACGAGUCCCGCACUACUGGCCAGUAUGCUAUGGGUGGCGGCUGUGGACGACCGCGCAUUUUCUUUAUCUAUCUCGCCCUUGCAACGCCGGAAGAUAUGCCAAUUCCUCUGCGCUUUGAUUAUUCGGCUGUUGCGACCCUUGAUCCACGUUUCUUUCAAAGACCAGGAUCCCAUGCCCGCGGAAAACACUACUGCAGCUCAAGACUUCUCCGCUUCCGCAGCCCAUCAUCCGUUUGAAGGCGUUGGUGAUGACAAGGGGCUAGUUGGCCCUGCUGGAUCCUUAGACGAUGUGAUUACAUACAUACAUGUGGCAUCUAUCAUUUCAUCCAGUGAGCAGAAGGCGGCAAGUAUGAGAUGGUGGCAUGCAGCCUUUACACUAGCCCGAGAACUUAAAUUGAACCAGGAGAUGGAAAUCACCUCGAAUGCGGACCUCACCGACGGCUCGAGUCCGUCUUUUGGGUACGGCUUGGGCGGAUGGCCUGGUUCUCCCGGUGGGUUGGGAUUCGACUAUUCCAAUACGUCGCGGCCGAGUCUCAACUGUGUAUGCGACAAACCCCGCGAUGUGCACAGCAAACCCGUCACCGAGGAACACCGCGAAGAGCGGCGGCGAACAUGGUGGCUGCUCUACAUCAUGGAUCGUCAUCUGGCCUUGUGCUACAAUCGCCCCUUGGCUCUUCUUGACGCUGAAAGUGAGGACCUGCUUCUCCCCUUGGAUGAAAGCGCCUGGCAAGCCGGAAUCAUCCAUACCAACAGCCCUCGACCGGACGGCCCCCAAUGCCUUCGGUCGGGAGAUCAAAACAAACGCCGCGUUUUCCCCAACUUCGUUUGCCACGACCACUCCAUCCUCGGCUUCUUCCUUCCCCUGAUGACCAUUACGGGUGAAUUGAUCGACCUGAACCAAGCGCGAAACCAUCCCACUCUCGGUGUGCGCCUUUUAGGAAAAGACGCAUGGGAGACCCAAGUGGCCGAAGUCCUCCGCCAGCUGGAGAUCUACAAAGCUAGUCUCACUGCAUUUGCGACAACCAGUGCACCGGACCCAGAAGCCCCAUUGACGAACACGUUCUCAAAAUCGGACCCCGUCGAUCCUCAGUUGUCUCAGGCCUAUUCAUGGCACACCCAAACUGUGAUCGCCUACUCCUCCUACCUCACCCACGUCCUGCAUAUCCUCCUGGUUGGAAAAUGGGACCCCGUGUCUUUGAUCGAGGAUAAAGAUUUCUGGACCUCCUCCCCCGCUUUUGCCUCCACCAUCUCACACGCGCUAGAGGCAGCCGACUCUGUCGCACAGAUUCUGCGCUUCGACCCAGACAUUAGCUUCAUGCCUUAUUUCUUUGGCAUCCAACUUCUCCAGGGCAGUUUCCUUCUUCUCUUGAUCGUGGAGCGACUCCAAAAAGAGGCGGGCGAAGGUAUCCUCAACGCCUGCGAGACUAUGAUCCGCGCCACUGAGUCGUGCGUGGUGACCUUGAACACUGAAUAUCAGCGCAGCUUCCGGCAGGUGAUGCGCUCAGCGGUUGCGCAGGCCCGUGGUCGCCCGGUAAACCCGAGUGAAAUUCGGCAUCGCCGGAAAGCCGUGCUAGCUCUGUACCGUUGGACCCGAAAGGGCACUGGAUUGGCCCUGUGA